AAAAAAAUCACGUUCAAUGCUACAGGUACAGCAGCUUGAGAUACAUAUUAAAGAUUAUUUUGUUUCGUAUCGUUUGCGGAAUUAAGGCGCGCAUUUGAAUCUUUGACGAUGGCAAUGAGUUUUCAAGUUUUUUUUCAGUAUUAUUUGUGACUUUUGAUUACGUACUAACUUUGUGCGUUGUGAAUUUUGUGUGGAUUCCUCAUAAACGUCGUUAGUAAAAAGACAAUUGGUGAUUUCUUAUACGGAACAUGGACUACUAUUUAGGAUACAUCUUAACAGUAUUAUUAACCAUAUUUAGAACAUUAAAGAAUUAUAUGAGAACUGUGAUUUUGGCUUGGAAGUUGCCAGGACCCACAGCUUUACCCAUAUUGGGCAACGUUCUUAUUUUAAAAAAUCACACAGAACUAAUAUAUCUGGGCAACCAUGCCCCCAACAUGUAUGGUAAAUUUUUCAGGGUUUGGUGUUCCAUUUUACCUGCUAUCUUCAUCACUGAACCGAGACACUUAAAGCAGAUUCUUUCGACGAACAAAAACAAUGAGAAGAGUCUCUUCUAUAGGGCAUUCCACAAUUUUAUAGGAGAAGGUCUGAUAACAAACAACGGAUAUAAGUGGAAAAAGAAUAGGAAGAUGAUACAGCCCUAUUUCCACAUGAAUAUUUUGGAGAAGUUUGUAGAUCUAUUCACAGAAUGCUCUAGCAGAUUUGUAAGCAAACUUGAAGGGGAGCAGACAGUGAAAAUUACCCCAUUUAUCAACGACUGCGUGCUGGAUAUUCUUCAUAACGGAGUAUUAGGAGUGCCCUUUGAUCAAGAUUCUCCAUACAGGAAAGGUCAACUGCAGGCGAUAGAACGAUUUGUGAGACCAUGGCUACUUUUUGAUUCAAUAUUCGAUAGAACCAAUUCUGCAAAUUAUGAAAAGAAACAAAAGCAUAAUCUCCAUUCAUAUACUGAAGAAGUUCUCAAUAACAGAAGACAGGAAAUAAAGAAAGGAACCAAAGGAACCAAAACAUGUUUCCUAGACAUGUUCAUAGAAAUAGCUGACAACAAUUCUCAGUUUACCGAAGAGGAUAUUAUUAAUGAAAUUGUUACAUUUAUGUUAGCGGGACAAGAUUCAGUGGGAGCAACGAUAGCUUUCUCUAUGUAUUAUUUGGCUAAAUAUCCAGAAAUUCAAGACAAAGUGUUAAAGGAAAUCUCAGGGAUAGAUGCUACUCAGAAAAUAUCAAUCAAAGAACUUAACGAAAUGAAAUAUCUAGAGCAAGUCGUCAAAGAGACGUUAAGACUGACUCCAGCUGUCCCCAUCAUCACAAGGGUGCUAACAGAAGAUGUAACGUUAGAUGAAACAGUAUUCCCAAAUGGUACAAUUAUUUUUAUUUCACCGUUUAUGACGCAGAGGCUGCCUCACGUGUUUCCAGAUCCAAACACAUUUAAUCCAGAUCGGUUUGAAGAAUCAAAUCUGGAAAAUAUACACCCAUACGCGUUUUUACCUUUUAGUCUUGGACCAAGAAACUGCAUAGGAUACAAAUUUGCAAUGAUAGAGGUCAAGACUGUACUAUUUUACGUAUUAAAAAAAUUCCAAUUAUCACCAGCUAAGGGCAAGGAAGAGCUCAGUCUGUCCUACAGGGCGACUAUAAGGGCGAGUGGUGGCAUUUGGGUGAAUUUAAAACAUAGAAAAAGUUAGUGCAUUAGAAUUAGUUUAUUAAUAAAAUAAAUUUAAAAA